GUAAGAUAACACAGCACCACCUCUACGCUGAAUUCCCAGGAAAAGAUAAGCAUAUUCCCGGGAUACCCCGCAACGUAAGAUAACAAGGUGGUAUCUCCGAUGUAGCACAAUGAGGCAUAUUGGUAGCCUCGUCUCGCAAUAGGAUGCGUAAGCCUCUGAGCAUAGCAUAAGGCGCAGACCUUCCCCGAGACCUAGGAAUUCCACCACGCCUUACCACCCACACUGGGUAAGCAAGCAAUAUGGUGUAUGGCUGGCAACUCUGGCUCUCACCCCGCCCUUCGAGGCGUACGGAUACCCCGCGCGAGUCCCGUAUGCUCUCCCCGAACGACGCGGCGCUCUACGAGUUCCUAUACGACGAGGACGGGCGUUACGCCGUGAGGGAGACUCACUACGCGGAUAAUAAGGCUGUUCGGGAUGGCAUUUCUGGCCCGCCACUGCACAUUCACAUUCGGCAAACCGAGUACUUCCAAGUCCAACAGGGCGCACUAGCAGUUGUCAAGAACGGGAAAGAGUCUGUUAUCACCAAGAACGACGGGAUCCUCGUGAUCGCUCCCGGCGCGCGCCAUCGGUUCUGGGCCCAUAGCCCCGUCCGCGAAGACCUUGUCUUCAAGGUUUGGGCCGAGCCGCAGGAUCUCGGCCACGCUUUUGACGAGAGCUUCCUGCGCAACAGCCUGGGAUAUCUUCGAGAUUGCCAGCAGCAGGGCAUCGAGCCGUCCGUGUUCCAGAUGGCCUUGCUCGGAUGGAGCAGUGACACUAUCUUCGUCACUCCGUCCUUCUGGGUGCCGAUAUGGAUUUUAAAAUUGGCUCAAUACGUGAUAGGCCAUUUCAUAGGGGGACUGUUGCUGGGGUAUAAAGCGACAUAUCCCGAAUAUAGCAUAACGACACAAGAUGACUCUAACAAGAAGAAAAAGAAAUAAUACUCAUGCUGAUAUGGUGAAGAGUUGUGUGGGAGACAUAGUACACGAGCUUGUUCUCUGGGCUUGUGAUACUUGGCGGGCACUCUUUAAAAUGACCCUGGAUAGUUCAGCUUAUUCAGAUUACUUCUAACAAUACAACAGAAUUUGAUUCA